UUUCCGGGGUGUAUUUCCGGGUUAAUGUCGUCUUCUGUGGUGUGCAUGGUGGAGUUUUUGCGGUUGUGUUUUGUGAAACUUUUAUAACAAGAAGUAGAAAAUAAAUGAGUUCUGAGAAAGGAAAUGUUUCUCGGUCGCGGGCUCAGAAAUACAAAAACACAACUGCCUUCAAAAACGACAAAUAUGGAGCGACUGCACAAGUAAAGAGGGCGAAAUCGAAGAUACACGACGGACUCUGCCAACACUGUAAGGAUGUUCUUGAUUGGAAAGUCAAGUACAACAAAUACAAGCCACUUACACAGCCACGGAAAUGUGUCAAGUGCAGUCAGAAGACUGUGAAGGACGCAUAUCACAUCAUUUGUAAGCCCUGCUGUCUUCAGCUGGAGAUAUGCUGCAAGUGUGGGAAGACAGAGGACGCCGUUAUUCCUGUAAACGUGCAAGCAGAAAAGACCCAGCAAGAGGAAGAUGGCCAUCAAAAAAAGAAGGGACAAGGACAACAGGACAGCACGGAUGAUUUGGACAGUGAUGAUGAUGAAGAAGAAGAUGACUUUGAUUGUGACUCAGGACCAAAGAAGACACAUAAAACAUCUGCUGUUCUCCCAGAUGUAUCCAGCGUUAACAUUAAAGAUUAAAGACUGCUGCCUUAAAGAUGGACACUUUUGUAAA